AUGGACACUCCGUCUCAACAGUCUCUGUCAGAAAUAGAUGAGAGCAGUAAGGUGGUGCCUAAAAUAUUCGUCGAUUAUUCAGAGAAUUCGACAACGGAAUGCACCGAGAACAAUUCGAACACCUCGUUACUCCGUCGAAUCAUGAACAAUGCCAAAUCUAUUUUAACCCAAAAAUGCGCCUCCCUACACCCAUCGUUGAGCAGCGAAGAACCCACCAAGGAAACCGGCGAAUAUUUCUCCAAUCCCACCGAUUUCCCAACCGGAAAAGUGUUCAAAGAAACCGGAUUAAAAUACACUUCUAGCGAUUACUGCAUGGUAGACGAGGAUACUAUUACCAGCACAUUCACCACCUCGAAAAAACCAUACCCCACCUCCAUAAAGGUAUUUAAGCGAGAAAGGGAAUGCAAGACAGUGAGUACCAGUCAAAACACUGAAGAUGACUUGCAGCUGGUUCAACCCCUACUCAGUAACAGGACGCUAUCAAGGUCGAGCAAAAGAGCCUACCAAUUCCCGUACGGGAACGCCGAGAAGGAUUUCAACGGGCCGUUUGAGCCGAGCGAGUUCUUUCACACCGACGACACCAUCACCAACAAUCUGAUGAGCGAGGGCAGCUUGGCUCAAUCGAAGCUCGCCCCGUCGCCCAAAUCCUGCGCCAAAUUCGAAGAUGCCGAGAAAAUGCCGGAUUGCAACGUUCCCUGUCGCGACGAUAGCUACGGGGACAGCCAUUCCUCGUCCAUUUCGGUUCAGGGGAUGAUGGGCGAAUGCGAAACGCUGAGCGCGGGUUUUAAAGACUGCAUGAAAACCGCCUCUAAUAGAAGCACCGAGCCAUUAGAGCCGGCCUGCAAGAAACCGUCCUCUAGGUCCAUUUCCUUGGAGGAGAAACGUUGGCUGGACAUUCCCGAUACGACCAAAAACGUUCGGGAGUCUUCGCAACCGGGAAAGAAUUACGGUUCUCAAGAUGACGGGAAAUUCCGAAUCGACGUGGAAAUUUCGAAUUUCCGAAGCGACAGAAAAACCACUGAAUUAUACGAUCAUGCCACCAUACUGCGUGGUCAAAGGAGUUCGAGUAGGCGGUUGGCUAGCGAAAAGCUGGCGGAAAAGCGGAAAAGCGAUCAUCGCAUUGAUAAUAGUCCGUUGGCGAAGCGGAAGUGUCCGGCCGCUUCCGAUUAUAAAGAUCAAGAUAAUCAAUGCGCUUUUAUCGGAUCGCCCAUAUUGGAAGCUUCCAAUUUCAAAAUGGAGGUUCGUGGGAAAAAAUGCGAUAACGGAACAUUCGGGGAAUCCAUGACAGACGUAAUAUCGAGAGAGAAGAAUUACAGGUCGCAUAUUCAAGGUUUCAGGAACAGGGAGAAACAAUACGAUUCAAUUUCCAAUUCUUUGUACGGCAUCAACAAGGACAGCGGGGAAUUGGAAUCGACUACCAAAGCUUUAAAAUCCGAAAACGCGGCGCUUAAAAACGAAAUCAUGGAAAUGCGGCUCGACUUGAAGCACACCUUGGAGAAGGUGCAGGGCCCGAUGCGCCUGAAGCUGGAGGCGGAGAAAUCCCGCUGCCACCAGCUGCAGCAGGAGCUGCAGAAGGCCUUUCAGAACAUGGUGGUAUCCGAGGAAAAUUACCUCAGAGAAAUGAACGUGUUGAAGAAGCAGCUGUGCAUGGCCGGCACGAACAUGGACGAAUUGGAGCAGAUGAACAAGAAACUGAAAGAGGAAAUGAACAUAAUGGACAUGUUGUGCGCCAAAUUGGAAGACGAUUUGAUACAGCAGAAACUCAACGAGGCGGAGACCAUCAAAAGAUUGACCCACAAGAAAUAUAUCGGCGGAGAUAAUGUGGAAUUCGAUGUAAUGAGCAGUAAGCAAGAAUCAAACUUGCACGAUAUAGCGAGGAAAUUGAGCAAAACUAUCAAAGAUUGCGUGCCCUGUGCUGAUUGUGCAAUCGGUAUACCUGCUGAACUGAAAGGUGCUGCGAAAUUGAUCAAAGAAUUGACCGACAUGGUAGAUAGCAGAAAAGAGGCGUUGUCGUACGAAUUCGGGGAAUCAUCAGUAAGUCGUACCGACACUUCCUGCCAAUCCCCGCCGCCCAUGGAAGAGAUUAGUACCCAAUGCAAGGAUUUACGUACCAUCGGUACAGUCGUAUCGAUGUGUCUGAUGUCAAAAUCGAACAUUUUAUCGCACGAAGGCAACCCGACGCUCCUGUCCCGAAGCUCGGGCACCCGCCAGGAGAUAGUAGCGCACGUUUCCCAAACGCUGACUCCCAGCGGCUGCUUGAAAUUGUCCUCGGCGUCGUCGAAGAGGGACAGCUGGACGAACUCCUGCCACUCGACCAAAACCCCUGCGAUAUUGGACAAACUCUCGUCCGUCCUGCAGAUGAUCAGCGCCAGCAACGAUCCGAUGAUGACCGACAAGAACAGCUCGACGUGCAAUUGCGGGGCCGCCGAGGAGAAAUCGCUGUCGGGGAGAUCGCGCGGGAAGGCGGAGGAAUGCAACAACAGCAUCGCGACGAGCAACAACAGCAACAACUCGUCGAAUUACAGCAGCCAGUUUCCCGACGAAAUGGGAUCGUUUCGGCCGGAAAUUAGGGAGGUCGAUGUCGACGAGAGCGACACGAUCAACGGGAGAAUGGAGAACAGCAGCGGUUAUGAUUCGAAGAUCGAUGUUUCUUCGAAAAUGCGCGUUUUGAAGCGGGAUUCUUUCUCCGAAGAAUCGGAUGUCAAAACUGCCAACGAAAAGUCUGAUAUGGAUUCAGAAGAAACAUCGAAAAAACGGUCCAAACUCUCGGUCAGAAUCGAUCCUCGACCGAUUUUUUCCAAGGAAAAAACUCAAGAAGAUAUUUCCGAGGCGAGCGAAGGGUAUCUUCGUGAAGAAGCUCACGGUAUUAGUAACAAGACGCAACAGGACAUUCAAAUUCCUCUAUUGGUCGAUACCAAGAUGGAAAUGUGCGAAUCUCCUCCGGAUAAUUUAAAUGUAACGACGUCCGUGACCGAAUCCGGGAAUUUGCUAAUCCUCACCGAAGGACCCUCGGGAAUUAUCGAGACGGUUUUGCAUUAUUUAGACGACGGUACCAUCGAGGUUGUUACACAAAUAACGGACUUGACGAAAUCGCAAUCGUCGAAGAGAUUUUACAUACCGUUGGCGUUCAAAGUGGCCGAAAGUGCCGACGCGACGAGUGAGAAAGGCAAGAAAUCUGAGAAAUCGGAGAUGGAUUUGCAGCAAGACAUCUCAACGCAGUUAAUUGUUUCAGAGCAAUCGCCAUCGUUAUCCGAACGAUUUCACGAGCCCGUCGCGGCUCCGUCGAAGGACGAGUUGUCGAAGGAACAGGAGGACAUUUCCGGGCAGGUCCUAAUUUGCGCUAAUUUGAAAUGCGUGGAUCGCAACGAAGAAUGUGUGAUGUAUAAAGACGAUAAAUCUUGUAAUACACUCGUAGUUCCUACAGUUAGCAACGGUACGCUGUUGUCGACUAUACGGAAUGAUGUUGAGUGCUGGACGUGCCCGGUCAAAAAAAUCGACAUAAUUUGCGGCCCGAGCAAGAGUUCGUUUCUGCAACAAACUGAGCGUUUCGCCAUCGGGCAGCGAUCGACAAGCAAUACGGACUUGUCCCAAUUGAAUCCAGAUUUGCCCCAAUCGAAUCCGGAUUUGCCGGAACCCGUCGAACCGAAGCCGAUGGACGACAAACCGAAGAUGAACGAAGAGACGAUUUGCCUAAAGGAGAUCUUCCACAAGGGGACUUGUACCGAGAAGGAAGUUGGAAAUGAUGCAGGAACUGAUACAAUGAUUAAUUACAUAGAUGAGAGUACCACAAUGUCCGAAGAGAAACUUUCAGUUCAAACAUCGAAGGGAGAUGGAAAAACGAGAGAAGAAAUAAAAGAAAAGAGCGAAGAAGAAAUGACCGAAACUGAGCAAACACAGGAGAACACGGAUGAUUUGAGGAAACAAUUGGAAGAAAUACUACUGAGAAGUGCGUCGAUCUUAUCCCCUAAAACUUCUAAACCAGCCUCUGUGAGCAAAACCGUCGAAAGCUCAUCGAAAAACCAAGUUACCAUAGAACUGAGCGGCAAAAGCUUGACGACCGUCGACGAUUCGCUCACGCUGUUCGAUAUCGACCCGAAUCAGCCCAGGCGAGUCUCCAACAAAUUUCGCAGCGACGAAUGCUGGUGCCCCACGCCUUGCAGUUGCAAGAAAAAUGCUCUACCGCUCGAAUUGGAAACCAGUCUCACUGAAAACGAAACUUCUUUUGUAACCGAUUUUGACGUUGCCUACGCGAAUGUAAAGCACGGAGUGGACAAAAACAAACAGAAAAUCAGCAUCGAUGAUGUGUUUAAAAAGAAAUCAUCAGAGGGAAAGCAUCCAGUGGAUUGCGAAUGCGUGGAUUGCAUUUGCAUGCCGUUGGUGCGCCAAUUGGCCACAACAAAGGAAUUCUUCGUCGCCGAAGAUAACAAACAGAUAUACCAAAUGACUGCUUGCAGUAGCCCCAAUUCGAAGAAAGCCUUUCUAAUGCCUGUUCAAAAAUGCUCUAACGAGUCCAUUGGAAAAUGGGAUUACUAUCUUCACUACCCCUAUCUCGACGAAGAUACAGAAAAUACUGAUGAAAACAGUCAUGACGAACCAAUCAAGAAUAAAGCAGAUAAGUCGAAGAGCAAAGCCUGUUGUUGCACGCGCGAUUGCGUAUGCGACCAAUGCAAAAUCGAAAUGAUGAAGAAAGAAAUCCAGAAAUUAAAAAACGAAGUAAACGAAUUGAAGGGGAUUAAACAAAAGCAGGAUUUGAGUUACCUAGACGACUUUAAUUCGAAAUUUAAUUUGGAAUCUCGUUGUCCAGAAGAUUGUAUUUGUACCAAAUGCGAUUGUACUUUGACAACAUCAAUGAGCGACAGAACCAUAAAAGGCGAUUGCGAAGAGCCAAAAUGGCCGAGAUUGACCUGCAAGAGUCCCAAGAAUGAGUGCAAGGAUUGCUUCUUCGCCAAAAAGCAAAUGAAAUCUUAUUUUACCAAUCAUCAAAAUAACCAGAAGUGCCACCUUUGGUCAGGACCUAUUUGUAAAUGUCCCUUGUGUACAUGCUGUGGUGAUACUUGCAACUGCGAAGAAACUAGAAAUAAAGAAGAGAAUCUUGCUCCUUUUAAACACAUGAAGAAAUUUGAGAAGGAUAUUACAUUUUCCUCCAAAACCAGUAAACGUGGAAAUAACUGUUGGAAUAUUAAUACUAUUCGAGUUCAACGCAAAUCUCACUCAACAUCUAAUCUGUUAUCGAUACAUCCUUGUGCCCACUGUUUCACCCCAUCCAGCCCUUUACGUGCAGAAAAAUCUAGUAAAAUUAACGCCAAAAUAGGGAGACCUAGAAGUCCUCGACGCGUUAACACAGGAGCAACUUUAACCACUCACAGCAAAUCAACCAGUUGCGUUUAUGCCACAACGACCAAAAUUGAGACCUCUGAUGAUAUAUUCGAAGAUUGCAGCAGCGUGGAUUCUUCGAUAAUCAACACUCUCGAUAGAUCGAAAGGAAACUAUUGCAAGGAUCAAAUGCAGGAAAUUCAAUCGGUCUUGAACAACAUUAAGAGCGUUUGCAGCGAAGCGGAAGAAAAGGCGAAGAAAGGCCCUUUGAUCAAGCAAUGCUCGACGUUCGGACAGACGAUGUCCGGAUUAAAGUUGGCUUUGAAUAAUCUGCAGGAAAAGUGCAAAAGUAAGGACAUGCUGAUCGAAGCGAUGACUGGGGAAUUGCGAAAUCGCACCAGUAGCAUCUCGUUUCUGGAAGUUUUGGACAAAUUUUGCUGCAGGGAAAUCCCCGGGGAUUGCGAGAAUUACAAUGAUUCUGUGAAUAACUUCGAGGAGAGGAAAUCUAAGGCGGCUAAAAACGAGAGAAUUAUAAGAAAAAUGAAGGGCGUCAGGACCUGCAAGUGCGGUAAAAUCCACAACGAUUCGGAUUAUAAGAUGGUGGAUUUGAAGGAAUUCGAGAUAACGGAUAUCAGUAAGGUGACCGAUGAUAGUGUAAUUAUUAAGUGGAAUCGACCUAAAAGCGAUUUGGUUACCGGUUACGAUAUUUUUAUUAACGGAGUGAAUAAAUCGAAGGUGAUGAGCGGCGGAAGAACCACGGCUAUGAUUCAUUCUAUUGAUCUAUCGAAAAAUAUUCAAGUUUCCAUCCAUGUUGUGACGAAAUGCGGGAUUUGCGAGCCUCCCGCUGUUGCUGUUUAUUAUGCCUGA